AUGGGUCUCGGCGGUCACCUCUUGGACCCGUCUUCAAUUAUAUCUUCAGAAUGGAGUCGGGCAAUUCGAAUCGUUGCUACCAUCUCCUCUAGCUUUAGUGUGAUUGGUACACUGAUCACUAUAUAUUGGUUCUUCAUGAUGAGAAGAAACUUUAGAAGAAAUCUAGUCAUGUAUCUUGUUCUGGCCGACUUCUUCAAAUCUCUGUGGUACAUGAGUUUCUCUGGUGUAUCUCUACGUCGCGGCUCCAUCGACACAAACGGCUCCUUGUGUCAAGGGUUCGGCUUNUUGUUACAAGCGUCAACCAUGGCUUGUGACUAUGCAAUCUUUAUAAUGUCAUUACACAUGUACCUCCAAAUAUUCAGCACUGGUAGUAAGAUAUUUGGCCACGACGGUCUCUAUCGCUUCAGACAUACAGUCAUGGCAGGAUGGGUCGUGUUUCCCUUNUUGUGUGCUAUCCUUGCCUUCAUCAGAGGACGUCAUGGUUACAUCGCCCAAGGUCCCUUUUGCACCUUGCCAAUUCGCCCCUACUGGUACCGACUUGCAUUGCAAUGGAUCCCUAGAUACCUCAUCUGGCUCUACAUCAUGUUUGUGGCCAUCCGUAUCUACCUACAUGUCGGUCAAGGAUUCAAAAUAUUUGCUCGUGAGGACGGCAAAGAAUCGAGUACCGAAACGAAUGGCUACGGACCGUCUGGAAGCCUCGGAACAAUGCCUGGAGAGGGAACGCAAGACUUGAGGGUAGCCAAAAAGAGAGGUGCCAGCGCAGGCGAACUACAGGAUCUGUCAGGAUUCACGGAUAGCAAUGCUUCCAACAGCCAGGCUCCCACGAGCAGUUCCAGCCAGGGCAGCCAAUCCACUUGGCCGACAUCUCUCACUUCUUCUGCCGAAGGCUUCAAACUGCCCUCUGCAAACCACUCAAGACGGAGUAGUCAUGUCAUCAUUCUUGCAGACGGAACUGUUCAACAUGACCUUUUGCAAGUGCCCUCUGAAUCAAAACAGCAAAGACAGUCCGUCUCUACCAUUGCAUCUUGGAGGACUUCGGCCGACAUGACUGCUGCCGUUACCGCCCCUUCGGUCAACCUCGCGCCAAUUGAAGAAGGACAUCAAGUAACGAGCGGAGACAAGAUAGACAUGGUCUCGACCGACACACCUCUCAAAAAGAGACGACGAGCGAUUCAAAGACAACUCCGCCUUCUCUUCAUCUACCCCAUCACUUAUCUCAUGGUCUGGACCAUUCCCUUUGUUUACCAUUCUUUCAACUACAGCGACAAAUACGCCGCACACCCCAUUCCCAUCCUAGGAUUGCUCUCGGUUUUUUGUGUGACGAUUGCCGGCACCGUGGAUUGCAUCGUGUUCGGAUGGAGAGAAAAGCCAUGGCAACACGUACCAGGAGCCGACGGUACCUUCCUCGGCAGCUUCAAAUUCUGGACCUUUGACAAUGGUAGAAAGAGAAAGUGGGCAACGCCCGCACCAAAGCCAGUGCCAGCACUCAGAGAUGAAGAAGCAGCCUUAGAAUCUGAACCAGCCCAAAACUCGAAAAAGGCGAACCGCCUCAGUGGAGCACCAAGAAGUGCUUCGUUUAGUGGAAACAGACCUGUAAUUCACAUGCACAAGAAGACAUUCUCUGGAACCUCGGAUCGGGCAACCAGGGCAGCAGAGCAAGCGGCCGAGAGACUUGCUCUGGAAAGAGCAGACCGCCAGAGUCGCAUGUCCACGCGCAAUUCGUCCGUCAAUCCGGCAAACGAAUGGUUCGAGCGAAGGCUGAGCGAAUGCGUUAGUCCGACUCGUGAAAAUUCUGCCUUUGACCUGACACCGAGUCCUACAACGGAGUGA